AAUUUCUUGCUCCGAACUGCACCGAUGAAGGAGCCCCCAGUACUUCCCCGCUGCUCCCCUCCCAGUGCAAAGCACUCAGCUAGUAAGAAACCCUCCAGCCCCACCUCGAGCACCGCCCCCCCAACACCGGCUCUGCACCCUCCAGCCCGGCUCCAGAGCCGCCGCGAGCUUUCCCCAGGACUGGCCCUGGCGGGGCGCCUAGAGCCCCAGUUGCAUUGCUCCAGGAGAAAGGAGGGGGGCGGUGCAUUUUGCAGGAGGAGAAGGGGGGUGGGUGGUGGGGGAGAGAGAAAAUUGCGCGGAGACCUGCCAAGCGCCACCGCCGCCGCCACCGCCGCUGCCGCCGCCGCCGCCGCCGCCGCCGCCGCCUGUGAGCUCCGGCGGGCAGCCGGACUGUCGGCUUCCCGGGGCAUCUGGGUCCGGCAGGGCACAGCCCUGGGCGCUGCCGAAGCCGCCGCCGCCGCCUCCGCGGCGAGUACGGGCGGCUUCCCCCGGAGCCUGUGCCGCUCCAGCUCCUCGGGGGUGGAGAAGUGGGGGGUGGGGUUGUUGUUUGGGGGGAAGAAGGGGGAGGGGGCAACGCCGAGAGAGUCAGUGGUUUCCAUGGUGAUGGAGCUGAAAGUGCAGGAAAUUUAAAGGCUUGGACCUGCGAGACAGACAAACCGGUGCCAACGUGCGCGGACGCCGCCGCCGCCGCCGCCGCUGGAGUCCGCCGGGCAGAGCCGACCGCGGAGCCCGGAGCAGGCGGAGGGAAGUGCCCCUAGGACCCGCUCGGCCAGCGGCGCUGCACAGAGCGGCGGAACGAGGAGCAGCGAGAGGAGGAGGAGGGGAGAGCGGCUCGUCCACGCGCCCUGCGCCGCCGCCGGCCCGGGAAGGCAGCGAGGAGCCGGCGCCCCCUGCGCCCCGCGGUCGCCCUGGAGUAAUUUCGGAUGCCCCGCCGCGGCCGCCUUCCCCAGUAGACCCGAGAGAGGAGUUGCGGCCAACUUGUGUGCCUUUCUUCCGCCCCGGUGGGAGCCGGCGCUGCGCGAAGGGCUCUCCCGGCGGCUCAUGCUGCCGGCCCUGCGCCUCCCCAGCCUCGGGUGAGACGCCUCCGGAGAGACUGGGGAGCGCGGCGGCGCCGCGGGCUCAGCGUGCUCUCCUCCGGGGACGCGGGACGAAGCAGCAGCCCCGGGCGCGCGCCGGAGGCAUGGAGCGCUGCCCCAGCCUGGGGGUCACCCUCUACGCCCUGGUGGUGGUCCUGGGGCUGCGGGCGACACCGGCCGGCGGCCAGCACUAUCUCCACAUCCGCCCGGCGCCCAGCGACAACCUGCCCCUGGUGGACCUCAUCGAACACCCAGACCCUAUCUUUGACCCCAAGGAGAAGGAUCUGAACGAGACGCUGCUGCGCUCGCUGCUCGGGGGCCACUACGACCCGGGCUUCAUGGCCACCUCGCCCCCCGAGGACCGGCCCGGCGGGGGCGGGGGUGCGGCUGGGGGCGCGGAGGACCUGGCGGAGCUGGACCAGCUACUGCGGCAGCGGCCGUCGGGGGCCAUGCCGAGCGAGAUCAAAGGGCUGGAGUUCUCCGAGGGCUUGGCCCAGGGCAAGAAGCAGCGCCUGAGCAAGAAGCUGCGGAGGAAGUUACAGAUGUGGCUGUGGUCGCAGACCUUCUGCCCUGUGCUGUACGCGUGGAACGACCUGGGCAGCCGAUUUUGGCCGCGCUACGUGAAGGUGGGCAGCUGCUUCAGUAAGCGCUCGUGCUCCGUGCCCGAGGGCAUGGUGUGCAAGCCGUCCAAGUCCGUGCAUCUCACCGUGCUGCGGUGGCGCUGUCAGCGGCGCGGGGGCCAGCGCUGCGGCUGGAUUCCCAUCCAGUACCCCAUCAUUUCCGAGUGCAAGUGCUCCUGCUAGAACUCGGGGGCCCCCUGCCCGCACCCGGACACUUGAUGGAUCCCCACCGACGCCCCCUGCACCGCCUCCAACCAUUUCCACCACCUUCUAGCGAGGGUUUUCAUUGAACUUUUUUUUUUUUUUUUUUUUUUUUUUUUGGCUACAGAGACCUAGCUUUCUGGUUCAUGUAAUGCACUGUUUAACUGUGUAGGAAUGUAUAUGUGUGUGUAUAUACGGUCCCAGUUUUAAUUUACUUAUUAAAAGGUCAGUAUUAUACGUUAAAA